AAGACGCAUUGUUGAGGAAAUCAUGGAUUAUCUUACCGACACACUCCUCAGGGAGGACCUGCAGCGCCUAAUAACUGAAGAUGGAGCCUGGAAGGCAUUUGUGGAGGCAGCAGAAUUGUCAAGUGAGGAGCAAGCCGCUUUGCAUGAUGCACUGAAGGAGUAUUUAACACAGCCACCCAAAGAUGAAAAUGACGGAGCUCAAAAGGAGCUGCAGAAGAAGAGGUUCUUGAAAGAAUUUCCUCAGUUGAAAAGCAAGCUUGAGGAACACAUCAAGAAGCUCCGAGAGCUAGCUGCCCACAUUGAUGAGGUGCACAGCGGCUGCACCAUCUCCAACGUGGUGGCUGAUUCCACCAGCACUGCCUCUGGAGUCCUGGGCAUCCUAGGUCUAGUUCUGGCUCCCAUUACAGGAGGGACUAGUCUGAUGCUCUCAGCAACUUCCUUGGGGCUGCUGGCAGGUCUGACUAGUAUCACCACCACCGUUGUGGAAGAGAUAAGCAGGCAAUCAGAUGAAGCUGAAGCCAGUCGCCUGGUCGGAGCCAGUAUGGAUACACUGGGUGAGGUUAUAAAGAUCUUGCCUAAGAUGAGCGUCAAAUUUGUUAAUAUAAGUGUGGAUUUAAUCAGUGGCUAUAAAACGCUCAAGGAGCAGGUCAGAGCCAUCCGGAUGGCUAGAGCAGGAAAACUGUCUGUUCAAGGUUCAAGGGGGGUGGAGAACGCCUUAGGGAAUGCCUCUUCUCUUUCAAUAACCAGAGCUGCCAGGAUUAGAGGAGCAGGCUUUACCAGUAUCUUCCUUGGGUUGGAUGUGUAUCAUCUUGUGACUGACACAAUGCACUUGUUCGAUGGGGCAAAGUCUGAGUCAGCUGGAGCACUGCGGGACCUAGCUCAGAAGCUACAGGGAAAGUUAGAGGAAUUUGAGCAUAUUCACAGUGUCCUGAAGGCAGACCUCCCUCAGUGACCCCUCCCCCAAGCAGUGAGGAGUUCAGGGGAGAUAACAAUAAGGGAAGGGGUGGUGAAGGGGAUAUUGGAGGCAUACUGUUACAAGGGAAA